AAAGCAAGCUCUCAGUUUAUCAAAGUUACGCUGAGACUCUACUUGACUGGUUAAUCCAGCUGCUGCUUUUUGCCAUGCGGCUGCUCUGCGGUCUGCUGCUGUGCCUGGUGGUCUGGGCAGCUGAGGCACGAAAGGGUGGAAAGGGACGCCGAAUGCGGAGUCGAGACCGGUCAAAUACCAUCAAGCGGUUUGCUGAAGACUGCAAGGAAAGUACAGUCAAUGGGGAAAAGUUCUUUGACUGCCAAGAGCGCCAUCUGACAGCCGUACUAUUGGGCUGGCCGGAGGACAUUCACCACCUGCUGCUGGCACGGAACAAGAUCCAGGUGCUGCGAGACAACACCUUCAGUCACUUCCGAAACCUGAGGAGUCUGGAUCUCCAGCAGAACGAAAUCUCCCGCAUAGACGAGGGAGCCUUCAACGGCCUGAGCAGACUCACCACUUUACUGCUGCAGCACAACCGUCUGAGUGUGGCGAGUGAAGGCAUGCUGAUCCCUAUGCCGCAACUCAAGUAUAUGCGACUCUAUGACAAUCCCUGGAGGUGUGAAUGCCAGCUGGAUAGCCUGGUCAGAUUCAUACAAGUGCCCAGUAACCGUAACAUUGGCAAUUACGCAUGGUGUGCUGAGCCGAGGGAAUUCUCGGGGAGGCAACUGAAGAAGCUGGAUGCAGAGCUGCUGUGCUCCCCUCAGCAGGAAAACGUAUUGAUCCCACAUCCGGGCAAUCAGACCCUACCAGCUUCACAAAAAAAGUCUGAUGCAACCUCUCUAUGCCACACCUACGUCCACCCCGUGCCCCGUCUGGACUGCAGUAACAGAGACCUUAAAAUUGUGCCGGCUGACAUCCCGCUGGAUAUUGUGAGAUUGGAUUUAUCCAGAAACAACAUCAAGCAGCUGAGAUCAAAAGAGUUUGUAAAAGUUAAAGACCUAAAGCUCUUGAACCUGAGCGGAAACAGUCUGGAAAACAUCGACACAGCUGCCUUUAUGGGCCUGCUGUACUUGGGAGAAUUGGACCUGUCCAACAACAGCCUGCGCUAUUUUCAAUAUGGCGUUUUGGAGGACCUGUACUUCCUGAGGAAACUGUCUCUGGAGGACAACCCCUGGAUUUGUGAUUACAACAUUCAUUACUUGAUCUACUGGCUGAAGCAUCACCCCAGUGUGUCCCACACAGGUCUGGUGUGCAGUGAACCAGAGGAGUUCCGCGGUUGGCCGGUGGAAAACUAUGUCAAGACCUACAACGCAGAUUGUCCUAAAGACAAGCAGCUGGCGGGCAUCACAGGUCAGGAGCUCACUGCUGAGACAGAAGAGGAGCUGUUUCCAGAAUUGGGGCCCAGACCUUAUAGAGUGCCCAAGAAAUUUGAGAUCAUCCGUCUGACUUAAGACGGAAACUGUGAUGCUAUUGGGAACUCUUUUUUUAAAUUUUGUCAUGAACAAAAUUGUUUUCCCAGCAAAAUUUAGACUGUAUGAGAGAUUAAACUUUAAUAUGCUGUC